AGGUAGUUUCAGGGGGAAGCGCUGUGACAGUAGACUACUAUUACCAGCAGCGAGAAAACGCUGAGUGGAGAAACCUGAAGACACCGGACGCUCUCACUCGAAUGGUAUUUUCUGGCCUUUCAUCAAACGAUGUCAGUCACUGAGGACCUUCCAGACAUGGAUGGAACAGAGCUGUUGGGGCUGCUGUUCAACGGUGGAGACGAUGGAUCCACUGAGCCUCUCUUUGCUGAUGGGAAUGGACUCAUUGAAUCCUGGCUGUCAGAGCAAGAUAUGCUGACAGGAAUGGAUACUGAAGACUUUCUGUCCAGCUUGUUAGAGGGAGAGUACAACAUGGAGGCCAUCGGCACCUCUCACUCUCCCCUGGGCAGCGACAGCGGCAUUUCCGACGACAGCAGCACCGGGGUCGGAAACAACAACCACCUGGGAUGCCCGAGUCCCCAGGGCAGCGACAGUGACGUUGUGCCCAGUCCACGCUACUCCCAGCCCAGCCCGGUGCACUCAGACCCAGCCCUGGCCCCUGGAGAGAUACAGACAGAGAGCCUGGAGGUUUUGACGGUCCAGACGGAUCACAGCUACUCUCUGCUGCAGAGCGGAGGCAGGGACAUGGAUGCACUGCAGAGUGUGAGGGCAGAGAAGCCAGAUAUGGAUGUCUUCAUUGAUCUGGACGACUUGGUGAGUGAGGAUAUAGAGGAUGACAUCACAGACGAGCUGCCCUGCACUUUGUCCAUAGAGGACUCAACACAGGAUUCAACUCAUGACAACACAUCAGACCAGUUCCAGUUUAAAGAGAUUGUGCUCACUGAGGAGGAGAAGCGGCUUUUGGGGAAAGAGGGAGCAACUAUUCCUACACACAUGCCACUCACAAAGGCUGAGGAGAGGACCUUGAAGAGGGUCAGGAGGAAGAUCCGCAACAAGCAGUCUGCUCAGGAGAGCCGCAAGAAGAAGAAGGUGUAUGUUGACGGACUGGAAAACAGAGUCGCCAUCUGUACUGCACACAACCUGGAACUACAGAAGAAAGUCCAAUUGCUCCAUAAACAGAACAUCUCCUUGAUAGAGCAACUGAAGAAGCUGCAGACGAUGGUGAAGAUGUCGACUAUGAAGGCCAGCACAACCAGCACUUGUGUUAUGGUGUUCUUGCUCUCCUUCUGUCUCAUCAUCUUCCCGUCAGUCAAUCCAUUCGGGGGUAACGGGGAACAGAAGGAACUCUACACUCCCUCCUCCAUCAUCUCCCGGACCUUGCGCUCGAUGCCACCAGAGAGCAUCGAUGCCAUAACCUACCUUGAGCCCGAGGACGAGGAGCUUCUCUUAGUGCCCCAUGCCGAGGUGGAGAACGUCAAAGCCAUCUUUGCCGGCGGCCAGAAGAAUCACACGCCAGACUACCAGAAGGUGGAGCAGCCCGACUCCGAAGCUGGAGUCAGCAGCAACUCCUCGGCGGACUUCCCAGGCCCCACUCAGGCAGCGGAGAUGAAGCCGGGGCCGGCUGGCGGAGCUGGGGCCUUACAGGAAGGACCCAUCGACGCCGCUGUGGCGUACGAGGUCACGGGAUCCAAGGAUAACUGGAUAGACCGGAACCCCCCAUCUGUCAUAUUACAGCAGCACCGCUCAGAUGAGAUGUAGUGGGGAGAUGUUGAUCAAUAUAACCAGCAGAGGGAGCCAUAUUCCUAAUGAUUAAGGUAGCAGAGGGAAGCUUAAACUUACAAAAGGAUCAGGGGAACAAACGUGUAAUUAUGAUGAUAUAGGAUCAGUCUGUCCGUCCCUGCUUUGCCCCUCUAACAACCUUCCGUUCUACUACUGUUACUUUAUUUGCACUUUCCGUAUUCCAGUGGGCAAAAAGAACUGGAGAGAGAUUUCCAUAUUUCAGCAGUAUAAACUACCUAAAGAAUUGGACAUUGCCACGAUAAACUACAAGCUGGUUCUGCUGGAGUCCACAUGCAACCUAAAUAGCACCAAGGGCUCUCAAUUUUAAUACUCAAUGCGGUGCUGAUGACAGAAGAGAACUUUUACUUGAUGGCAUUAUUAUUUUUUCGCCAAAUUCAAGGGGGAGCUUCGUUUGACUUUUGUCUGUCUCACCCCACCUCCAUCAGAUCAAAAUAUUAACAUAUGUUGCUCAUGAACAACUCUGCCAUAGUAAAUUAUUGUGAAAAUAAGUAGUCCAACAGUCCAUCGCGUAUUAGAAAAUAGUCUGCUUGAUUCUCAUAAAGCUUGAUUAAAGUGGUUGUUUGACCACCGUAAUGCUUAAGCCAUUGCAGGACAUUUGGCCAUUUAGAAGACUUGUAAAGUUUAGAUAGUAUUUCCCUUGUAACAAGGGUAUCCAUGCUCCUUUUUUAAUUUUGGAAUGCUUUGUUUUUAUGUUGUACAGUAAAGCAAGAAAUAAUGUCAUAAUGCAGAAUAUGGAACUGGAAGACGCUGAUCCCUUGAAUUUGUCAUCGUCCGCCAACCGUGGUCGAACCCUACAAUCUCAGUUCAAAUCUUUCUAAACGUGUCUGAAGUAACUUAGCACCUGUGUGCACAGAACAAGGGGUUUGAUAUAAAUCUGUGUAUAAUAUAUAAACCGUGUUGCAGUAAAAUGUACAAAAAAAUGUAAUGACCUGUUUUGUCAGCGAGGCAUUUUUGUCAUUAUUUCUUAUUAUAUCUAAUUGUUAUUGGAACUGCUUUUUGUUAUAAUCGACAGUCAGUGAGAUUUUAAAUGUUGAUCAUGUUGAACAAAUGCACUGUCAUUUGACACAGUCCAGGAAUGAAAUGUGAAUAUGCUUAAAUGAUUGUGGCUCUUCUGUACAUUGGAACUCUUUAUGUAAAAGACGUGUCUGGACAUCUAUAAUAAUAAACUUUUUAUAUA